UCUUUUCUUUCUGUGUGACUCACACUGAGAUGUCGAAGUUCCCCUUGUGGUCAGCGCUUCUCCUGAGGUUACGGGGUGGUCAUGCGAGGCCAGCAGGCAGGAAGCUGGGCCAUGUUUCAUUCACAAAACCAGGACCCGCCUAGGUCCACGUCCUGCCUGGCUUCUCAGGCCCCCAGCCCCGUGGCCAGCCCGCUGCGCUGGCAGGGGACCGUCUGGUGUUUGUCCCAGGGAGCCAGGAGGCCAGGGCCCAGGCGGGGCAGCCGGCUUCCUACUAGAUGGGCCCAUUUCUCGCUGUGGUCCCCACCGCCCAGGCUGGCAUGGAUCCAAGGAGGAAGGAAGAGAAGAAAUCGAUGUCCAGCAGGACACCAGCUGCUAAACCCGGCCACGCGUCCCCUCCCAGGCCGAUGUCUCACUGUCUGCAGGGAGCCCCGGCAGGCUGGCCAGUGUCACCUUGUCUUCACUCGUUGCCGGUCCUGGAGCCCCUCAGUGCUAGUGACCUCGGCACCCGGGCAGACCCCUGAAGGCAGAGAAAAGAACAAUGGUGAUUGCUGCUCAGUGCUGCUCAGGAGUCGCCUGCGGGGCGUGGGUGGAGGAGGAAGAUGCUGGAUGCCGUCAUGGAACCUCAAGUCUGUGGCACAUUCUGGACCACUGAGGACAGGGCACUGCGCUGGCUUCUCCAACAGACGGUCACGUUUCAAACAGCCAGGUGGGCAUCGCCUCCCCUGCGCGGUCGAGCGGUCCCGUGGUCUCUUCACUGCCCUCCUGACCCUCCGGCCAUGGCUGCUGCAGGCACCUACAUGCACUCAUGAAAGUACCUGCCAUGUGCCCUCUUCGCCAUCAUUCCCGAGUGUCUGGGCAGGAAGCCAGGCUGCGAGACGUGCUCUGGGGAAAGAGGAACUGGCCCCUGCCCCGAGGUGGGCCGGUGAGGGCUGCUGCGGCCGCAGACGGCUGCUCAGCUGGCCCCUGGCAGGCUCCAGGCUGAGUCACCCUGAGUCACCACAGUCACUUCCUACCACACAUUCCUUCAUUCACACAGUGUCUCAUCCUUAAGGCCACCUCCCUGGAAUCUCUAGGCAGUUGCCAAGUGUGAGGGGCACUCUGCCUGCCCCAGCCGGACGGGCCAAGGCCUCGGCCCCGGGAGCCCUGGCAAGGAGAGGGGGCUGGGCAGGGCGGUGUCCCAGGAAGGAAUGGACAGCCCCUGAGCCAUGCUCUGGCCCAGAAGGUCUCUGACUCUCGCGGGCCAGGCGCCCCCGGAUGAGCGGGGCAGGUCCCUGCUGCUGCGAGGCCCCGGAUCUGUCCCCUGGAGACUCGGGCACCUGGGAACACAGGUCCUCCCCGCAGCACGCUGGAGUUCACUGAGCCGGCGAGAGCAAGGGGCCCACCUGCCAGCCUCACCUGUCCCCCCUCUCUGCUCCUUCGCUCGCUUAUUCAUUCAUCUCCCUACGUAUUUCUCAUACGCCGCAGUCUGCCCAACGCCGCCGGCCCUGGCGAAGACCUCGCCUGCCGUCGACAGGCCUGGCCCCCGCCGCCCCAACGCCAGCCUGCGAACGCCCCUCCCUCCACGAACCUCUGUACCCCAGUGCGGCUACAUUUGUUUUGUUUCCAAAAUUCCACUAAUUCUCUUUUGUGUCUUUGUAUUAGUGAUUCCUCUUUACACAUCAAAGGGACAUUUUUACUCCUGA